AUGUCAACUCUACCUUCGUACCGCGCCUCCUUGGCGCCGGAGUUUGAUCCUCAGAGGGAUAACGCAGUAAGUGCAAUCAACAUCGAGGUUCGCUUGAUAGACUCCAGGUCGAAGGCCACAGAGCCUUUGCUCACACUGUUCCUGAAUGUGGGCUCCACGCCGACUCUGCGGUACGAUGGUGAUGCACUAAAGGCCACGGAUGAUUCAGGUCACCUGCCCUUGACAUACAGGGACUCUGACGAAGGCGUGAUGUCUAGUCUCAAGAGGGCUUGGAUCCCAGAGCGGGACCCGGUCGGGCCUGUGCUUGUCAAGUUCCAAGCUGUACCAAGGCACACAGAGCCAGGUACUCUUUCGGGGCCGCGAGUAGACCUAAGAACCGACCAGGGCGGAGGUGUCGGGAUGGGGUACGGCUUUCUGCCGCACCCUCCGGCCGACGAUGAUUGGGAGGUCCAGAUCGAUUUCGACAUGCCCGACUCUGCUCCUGCUGGCACUCGUGGAGCUUGCUCACUGGGCGAUAGCAUGAGCAACAAAGACGUUGGCCGGCCUCAGAAACUUAUCGGCAACGCAUUAUUUGCCGUGGGGAAGCUCACCCGGUAUCCCUCUUGGGAGACCGAGACAGGCAUCGGGCAAGAGUUCUCCAUGUAUUGGAUUGGGGACCCUCCGUACGACAUGAAGCGCGUUGCUCCCCUAACAGAGAGUCUCUUCCGGUCAAUCGCAAGCUUCUUUGGAGACACGACGAACUCGUUCCGUGUCUUCGUUCGGCGAGUCUGGUCGGGCCAUGGCGGCUCAGGCGGAUACCGGUCGUUCCUCCUUGAGUACAGUCCUGGAUCCGAGGAUCAGAUGAACGAAAAUGAUCUUCUGGAUCUACUCGCUCAUGAGACUGUCCACGAGUAUCCUCUCAUGAAUCCGAUAAAGUCGGAUGACGCGUGGUACAAUGAAGGAGUUGCGAAUUACUAUGCCACCAUUGCCGCCUUUGAGAAGGGCGCGGUAAACAGAGAAUAUCUGAUAAGGCUUCUGAACAACAACACCCAGGCCUAUUAUACGACCCAGGUCAUCGGCCUGGAGUGGAAGUACAUUACGGAUCACUACAUGGACAGAUUUGACUAUACCAAGGCGGGGUAUGGUAGAGGCUUCAUUUAUCUCGCACAGGUGCAGGGUCUAAUCAGUCGGGAAACAGGAGGCCAGAAAGGAGUCGGCGAUGUUGUGUUGAAACUUUACGAGCGGCAGCUUCGCCAUGUCGAGACGCAUAGCGAUGACUUCCACGAGCUCGUGAGCGGGUAUAUUGGCAAGGAAAAGACGGCCGAGAUCCGGGCUGCCAUGGAGGGCGGGCAGAUUAUUGUGCCGCCCGAGGACAGCUUCAAGAAAUACGGUCUCAAGCUGGUCCGCCAUGACGUUGAACAGUUCGAGGCCGGCUUUGACCCAAACUCUCUACGCACGAACAAGAUUAAGGGCCUUGUAAAGGGUUCAAGGGCUGAGCAGGCCGGCUUGCGAGAGGAUGACGAGGUCGCGAGCGCCUGGAUGCUUUGGGGCGCGGGGGAUGCCUUGGAGAACAUGAUGCAGGUCACUGUCCGUAGGAACGGGGAGGAGAUCGUCGUCAACUACUGGCCAAGGAGUCAUGUGAAGGUGGAGAACUACAUGUGGAUAGAGGAUGGUGACGCUCGAAGUCACAUAUGA